GUUGAUUUUGGGUUUUUGUUUUUUACACAACAAAGUACCUGGCAGAAUGACUGUGAGAAGACCUGACACAUAAUAACCUACAGUGGGACGUACAGAAAUCCAUAAGACAACAUAUAGAGAAUUUAUACAAGAUAACAAGAUUCUCACCAUGAAGAAGCCAGAUUUUUUUUUGCUGAAUCAGCCCCGAAGAUGCUACCUUGGAACACAAAUUUUAUGUGCGGUCAUUUUGCCUAACAGUAUCAUCCCAUUUGGUACAGCCUUCAAGAUGUCACUCUUUUGUUCCAUUUGCAAGCAACACUCAGAGAGCACCCACUCGCCGCAAAGCUCUUACCAAUAAGCCCCGAGUAAGCCAGGAGGCAGUCAGCAUAGUUUUCCUUCAGACAGCUACUAAUAGACCGUGACUCAGGCUGGCAGUUUGUGAAAAAAUCUGCAAGGCGAGAUCUGCAACAUGAAAGGUCAACCGGAGUCCUCUGGAGGAAACCCUAAUUGUGGAUUGCCCAACACCGGGAGACUGCAGCAGCAGCUGUUCCUGAGUCGGAUGAAAGAUCCUCAGUUUGCAGCUGAAGAGCACAAUGUGAAUUAUGAGGAUGCUUUUUUGGAGAAGGAAACAGCGAACGAUAUGAGCCACCCUUCUCCACUCCCCAACGCAAGUAAAAUGCUUCCCUUCCUCAAGACACACACUAAACAUGUAUUGUUACAAGAUUUGCCACCAAGCAGGAAGGCACGUUCAGGAUAUGGGAUAAAUAUACUGAAACACUGCACCAGACUUCAGAAAUACGGAGUCGUAAAAAUCAGAAGAAAAUAUAAAACUACUGAUAUUUACUUUGACGGAGAAAUUAAAAAAUGUGAAAAAAUCCUAGCCACUUAUAAAGGAAGACUUGCAUUCCUUCUGACGACACAAGACCUGACUGGCCCCAUCUACACUACAGAAAUGGAUUUUAAACAUGGUGGGCCAAAUUUAGAGGUUGCUCCACUUCUUGGCAGCAAACCUAUGACACCCAAGGAACUGGUACUGUGUGAUAGGAAGUGGGAUCUGGCAGUUCUGAAUAAGCCUUCUAACUACCACCUCAUUGGCUGCCUGGUGCACUUCCAGCCCUGCUGUUUUCUUUCCCUACCUAGGUCCUGUUGAGCUUCUGCUCCCCACUCAAAAACUUCUCUGCUCAGCAACUUUCCCUCUGAAACAAUGCGUUUUUAGGAGCCUUUUCUCCAAUCCUUUCUCCUCUCCACCUCCACCAUACAAAUAGAGUAGAACCUCAAAGUUACGAACAACAGAGUUACAAACUGACUGGUCAAUCACAGACAUCAUUUGGAACCGCAAACAUGCCAUCAGGCAGCAACAGAGACAAAAAAAAGCAAAUAUUGCAUUGUACUGUGUUAAACGUAAACUACUAAAAACAA